AUGCGUGAGGGGGAGAUUGAAGACAAGUCAUAUGAAGAUGUAAAGCACUAUAGGAGAAUGGUGGGAAAACUCAUUUAUCUUACCAUUACCCGACCAGAUGUAUGCUUUGCAGUAAACCAAGUAAGCCAACACAUGCAAGCUCCCAAGGUACACCACUGGAACAUGGUUGAGAGGAUUCUCAGGUACCUAAGAGAGGCACCAGGCCAAGGAGUAUGGAUGGGAUGCAAUAGAAGCACUGAGAUUGUUGGGUACUGUGAUGCGGAUUGGGCAGGAGAUCGAGUUGAUAGGAGAUCAACUACUGGAUAUUGUACCUUCAUUGGAGGCAAUUUGGUAACAUGGAAGAGCAAGAAGCAGAAGGUGGUGUCUUGUUCAAGUGCUGAGGCAGAAUAUAGAGCUAUGAGGAAGCUCACAAGCGAGUUGAUUUGGAUCAAGGGACUUCUUAAGGACUUGGGAAUUGAAGUUACAACGCCAAUCACGAUGCAUUGUGAUAACCAGGCUGCUAUACACAUUGCUAGCAACUCAGUCUUCCAUGAAAGGACCAAACAUAUAGAGGUAGACUGCAACAAAGUGAGACAAGCUGUGGAGCAGAAGAUCAUAUUGCCGUGCUACACAAGGAGUGAAGAUCAGCUAGCUGAUAUCUUCACCAAGGCAGCAAGCACUAAGUGGUUUGACAAUAAGAUAAGUGUUUUAUGCAAGAACAGAAAAUGGUUAAAGGAAGAUUAUAUUAGGAGUUGGAUCUAUUGGACGUUCGUCAUUUUUCAUCUUCUUGGUUAUCUGACAAGAAAGUUCAUGGACUUCUUUGGGAUACAAGCUCAGUUUGAGGAGAUUAUCUAUACAUUAAGUGAUCGUGUCACUCUUGAUCUGUGGGAACAUAUAUUUGGAGAGGUUUUGAAGAAAUCCCGUUUCGCUGACGACUCGGAAAGCGCCAUGAGGGUCUCUUCAGCUAUAGGUGACUGGAGUCUGCGUGACAUACAAGGUGAAGAAAGAGAGACAGAGAAAAAGCGUGAGAGGCUUCUACGCUAUGUGAUGGAAAUGGACUAUGAUCAGAGUCUUCUUGUGUGGCAUAUUGCAACUGAGCUCUUAUACCAAUCAGAACCAGCCACUGAAGAGAGUCAUAGUGAUCGUGAGUUUAGUAAAAUCCUUUCGGACUACAUGAUGUACCUCAUGAUGAUGCAACCUACUUUGAUGUCAGCUGUUGUGGGUAUUGGAAAGAUAAGAUUCAGGGAUACAUGCGAGGAGGCUAAGAGGUUUUUCAAGAGAAGGCAUAUCGAAUCCAGAGACAUAAAGAAGGCUAGUGAGGCGAUUUUAUCUGUGACGGCUCCGACAAAAGCUGAACCUAUUGACGUGAAAGGUGAUAGGAGCAAGUCGGUGCUGUUUGAUGGGAGCAUGUUGGCCAAAGAGCUUAAGGGUUUAAAAGAGCUUCAAGAGUUAAAGGAUGGCUUGAAGGAGGUCAAGGGAGAGGCAUACAUGUGGGAAGUAGUGAACAAAGUGUGGGCUGAGUUGCUUUGUUAUGCAGCAACUAAGUGUGGCGCUAUAGAACACGCAGCUCAGCUAAGCAAAGGUGGAGAACUCAUCAGCUUUGUGUGGCUGUUGAUGGCUCAUUUUGGACUAGGAGAUCAGUUCCAGAUCAACCAAGGAGAUGCUAGAGCUUGGUUAUAG